UGGGCUGGCAGCCGGGACGGCCGACGGACGCGUCAUCCACCGCCCGGAUCGUCGAGAUGGACUGGGAGCUGAUGACGAUGGCGAAUCUACACCUGACCGCGACUGAGCAUCGUUACUACGGCGACAUAUUCAUCUACUGCUGCGAGAACGCGGACAACGAAAGCGUGCCUGUCAUCAAAGUCGCCGAGCUGUUGCGCUCGGCCAGCUUGCCGCGGGAUGUCACGAUGAAGAUAUUGGACAUCUGUGUGGGAACUAUGCAUGGCAACACACAACUGGGCAAGAAACAAUUCUACGCAGUGCUGAAGCUCAUAGCGGUUCAUCAAGCCGGUCUGGAAGUCUCUAAGGAAAUGGUAACUACACCCUUGGACAUUAUUACUCUGCCGAGAUUUACAUGGCCGACUUCCGGCGAUGAAGACGGCAGAAGAAGUUUGGAUUUACUUAGAGGAGCAAAGAGCAGACAUCACGCUCCGGAAAGUACCACCGAGAGUGAGAGCGAAGCCGAAUCUCCGCGCGAGACUGGCGGAAGCACGGAUUCUCCCACUCCAACAAACAGUGUGAUUCAAGAGAGAAAUGAUGGUAUAUUAGGCGGCGAGGUAAAUUCUGUUUCCAGCGGUUGGCAAGGUUUAUUGGUUUCCGAGGAGCAGAGACAAUUGCUGGGCACUGAGGAAGAGAGUUCGGAACGUCACAGUAGCGACGAGGGUGACGGAGAAGGCGACGGUUCGACAUUUCCGCCGGAAGAAGUGUGGAUUAUCAGUGACGAGCAACGUGAUUAUUAUGCCGCGCAGUUCGCGCAGUUACAGCCCGACCCGGAAGGCCUCUUGGCUGGGUCCGUGGCCAGAACGUUUUUCGAAAAAUCGCGACUACCCGUAUCCGAGUUAAGGCGUAUUUGGCAGCUCGCAGAUGUCACGAGAGACGGGGCGCUCAGUUUGCAAGAGUUCUACGUGGCUAUGCAUCUGGUUGUACUGAGGAGGAAUCAUGUGCCUCUACCUGAUAUUUUACCUCCGUCCUUGUCAAUUCCGUUAGUCAUGCAAACGACAGCGCCUACCGCGGCGCCGCAGAUCCCAUCGGCGACAACCGCUUCGAAGUCACCGCCAAAUUCGGCGAACGCUCGCGAAAAGAACAAGGAGUGGACGAAGUUCGUGGAUUCGCCGACCGGAGCGAGCAGUUCGGUCACCAGUCCGGGAUUGCAGCUGGUGAAUUUCGAUUUCCAAAAAUCGGCCGUCGAACGCGAUCCGAAGAUUCUGCAUCCAGUGCCGCUGCGAUUAACGCCCGAAGCAGCGAUUCUCGCUUCCGGUGCUAAUGGCAGCAACAGUUGUACUACCUUGGUGGACGACGAUCUGCAUUCUGCGGCGUCGCUAGUACAACGACCCCUUACGAAGAAACCUCCCGAAGACGCUGUUAUCGUAACCCCCAAGAAGGAACCACCGCCACCACCACCACCCAGACCGUAUAGAACACACGCGCGCAGUUCUAGUCUUGAUCUUAAUAAAUUAGGAAAAAAUGGUCAGAGUUUUCUUGGAGCACCGCCAUUAGUACCGCCUAGAAUCUCGCCAGGAAUUACAUCACCUCGUAAAUUAGUCGGCCAAAGGAGCGAGGGUGAGGGACAGAGAACGUUGAGUGAAAGUCAAGGUUUUGUUGCUGACUUCUCUCACUUCUCUCCCAAGAGUGAACAGCCCGAGAAUACGUUAUCGUCUAUAGAAAAUACGAUUCAACAAUCUCAACAGUUUAGCGGAGCCUGUGGAGCGUUUCAUAUCUAUAGAAAACCCAGUCCAAAACGGGACGGCGGCGAGGAAGAGAGCAAGGACGAUUCGGAAGACGGAAAGCAAUUGACAUUGCAAGAACUGAGGGAGAAAAAUGCGGAACUACGACUGGUUUGCGAAGAAUUAACGCGGGAAUUAGCGAGCGCGCUUCAAGAACGUAUAAAUCUGCGCGCGAAACUCCUGCUCUUUACUUGAUGUGAUUGUUAUUUGCUAUCAUUCGAUCGAUCGAAGCUACGAGGUAUCAUAUACCCUAAACUCAUUGUAAACAUACAUUUGUAUUUAAUACGUUAUGCUAGUCUAGAAUUCCUUUUUUUCCCAUCGAAGUAUUCAUUUAAAAAUAUUCGUAAUGAUCGGUCGUAGACGGAUGCGGAGGGGAACGAAAUUUAUGAAAAUGUUGCAUAUAUUAUAUAUAGAUAUUUUACUUGAAAAUGUGAAAAAAAGAGAGGGAGAGAAGAAAAGAUGUUUAUGAUAUAAAUCGCGUACAGAUCUGAUCAUGAUCUCUGUGUUAGUAUAUGAUUUACAAAAUGUUCGCGCGAUUUUAUUUUUAUCCAGUUGACGAGCUAUUAUUCAUCUUUAUAUAAAGGGAAGUGUGUCGAGAGAUUUGCUUGAAGUUUAAAACAUUUAUUCUCUAGUUCCCCUAGGAUUUACCGACCUGUUCAUUACGCAAGAAGCGUAAUAACUUCCUUUUUCACAUUGUGAACUGAUAUAUAUAUAUAUAUAAAUAUAUAUUUAUAUAAGCGCGCCACACAUAUAUGUAUAAACGCAUCUGUAUCAUGUUACAAUCCUAUUUCAUUGCAGUCGCUAGAUAAUUUCUUUCGUGCACACAUUCGCUUUAAAACAGUUAAAUAUAUUUCGUAAUAUUGUAACUCUCUAUAUCAUAAAUAUAUUCAACAAUUUUCUUAAAAAACAGCUGUUUUACGAGCUAAAUUAUCGUAGCCAUUGUGAGUUGAACUGAAAACUCUGCGUAUUGAAAAGAGGAAUGUGAUACGCGUAAUUUAUUGUUUGCAAUAAAAUCACCUUGUAUUUUCGUACGACUAUAUCAAACUUUCACAAAAAAAAAAAAAAAAAAAAAAAAAAAAAAAAAAAAAAAAAAAACGGUGGCGUUAAACCGAAGAAUAAUUAGGAUUGUUGUAAAACUCUGUACUUUUACUUUGUGAUAACAAGUGUAUACCUAUAAAAUACCUCUCCUCUCUGUUACAAGUUAAAAGAAGUUUUACGAGAAAUGUAGAAUCUGCAGGAACAGAAUACUUCGAAAAUAAAUUUAUAUAGAUGUAAUAAUAAUAAUAAUGUUCAGAGAAUAUUGAUUCACGUUGAAUACGUCAAUUUUACUGAUUCUUUGAAACUCAUAUCGAUUCGUAAUAAUCGUAGAUUUCGAGAAAUAGACGGCUGUUCGAAGCGUGAGAAGAAUAUAGAUCUAAUUUAAAGUCAUGAUUAUAAACACAGUUAUAAUCAAAAAAAAGUUUACUUGCUUUUCCUCUAUUUGUACAGGUAUAUCCUCAGCAAUACAGCAAUGCUCGAUAAAAACUCGUUAUCUUUAAACAAAUUAUCUUUAAAUGAAUAAUAAAAUUUAUUUUUUCUGAAAAAUUUAGCUUUUGUGUGUGGUUUCAGCUCUAUAUCAGUCUCAGCGCUUCACAAAUUUGUCAUUUAUCGUAUGUCAUUUAUACAUUGAGAUCCGUGAUUGUAACAUAUAAGACUUGUGUCCUCUCAAGUAUUUUCACUUUUUAUUUUACGUCACACACACAUUACAAAUAGCGAAUAAAUAAAUUCGUCAAGGGUUGUUUGUCAAACUAUCUCUCUUCUGUGCCAUAUAUUAAUAUGCAAAAUUUUGAAAUUUAUAUGUAUAUAUAUAUAUAUAUUGCGCUAUCAUAUUUAAUAACGACAAUGUCGUUUUAUCACGAGACUAUUUAGAGAUAAAAAACUUUAAAAUCAACGAGUCAUACGACAAAAGACUUUUUUGUAAUUGUAUAGAUAUAUCGUGUAAAAAAAAUUAUAUAAAGUUGAUGCUUACAUCAGAGGUAUUUCUGAUUUAUUGUCUGCGAUCUUGUAAAAAAAAAAAAAAAGG